GUAAUGCUCUCUCAUUUCGCUUUUAUCUUGUUCGAGCAAUUCUUAUCAGUCCAGGAAACAUUUAUUUUGUUUCUGCACCUCCUAUUUGAAGUUCAGAGCUCGAGAUCGGCAUCAAAAAUGUCUGUGAAAGGUAAAGUAGGAAUUGUUGGAAGUGGCUUUAUUGGACGAGGAUGGGCGAUGCUUUUCGCGAGCACCGGAUAUUCCGUUGGUAUAUAUGAUGUUGAAUCUUUCAAAGUUGAUGAAGCACUCGCAGAUAUUAAAAUUCAAUUACAGAAAUUGAAGGAAUUGGGCUACUUGAGAGGAAAGCUAUCAGAGACAGAACAGUUCAAUCUGAUACACAAAUGCAACACCUUGGAGGAAUGUGUUUCUGGUUCUAUACAUGUUCAAGAAUGUGUGUUUGAAAAUGUGGAGUUAAAAAAGAAAGUUUUUAAGGACAUGGAUAAGUAUGUUUCAAAAAAUGGCGUACUAUGUAGUUCAACGAGUUGUUUCCCGGCUUCUUCAUUUACGGAUGAGUUAGUGCAUCGAUCACAAGUAGUAGUUGGACAUCCAGUUAAUCCACCAUAUUAUGUUCCUCUUGUUGAAAUAGUGCCUGCACCAUGGACAGAUCCAGAUGUUGUUUAUAAAACAAAAGCUUUAAUGACAGAAAUCGGUCAAAAACCAGUUAUUUUAAAAAAAGAAGUUCCAGGAUUUGCCGUUAAUAGAAUCCAGUAUGCUCUUAUUAAUGAAUGUUAUAGAAUGUUUCAGGUAAAUUUGUGUCUUUAAAUAUCUAAUUUCCUCUGCUAUUCUAUCUCUUCUCAAAUUUCAUUUUAUUAGAAACAUGCAUGCACACAACAAAAAAAAAUAUUUAUGCCUAAUAUG